UAUGUAAUAGACAUCUCUGGGUUCUGUAAUGUAAUAAUGUAGAAUAUAAACGUAAGUCUAUAUAUUUUCCGGGGAAGUGCCGAUGCCAUAUUUGAAAGGGUCCAUGCUUGGCUGGACUCAGGAAGCUUGUCCGCCCGGCAGUUGGUGCGGAGGGGAACUCGACGGCGAGAGCUUCAGGCGGUUAGUGAGCUGGCGACGGACACCGAAGUAUCUCAACGACGGCUUUCCUAACAUCUUAAAUCAACGCAGCAAGGAACACACUUUUACUGUAGCGGUCAUUUUGUGACAUGCCAAGAUUGAGCAAUGGGAUUGUGAUCGGAGGCAGCUGCACUCCAAUGGUCGAGGGCCUCACGUCACUUCACUAGAAUGUACUUGAUGAAUGUACCUCCUGUCGCAGUGACGCAAACAGAAUGGAGAACAUGUGGCCCACCUGGAGGCUAUAGCCUUCCAAUUUGCUUCAAUGACUCGGACACUGAGUUGUCCACCAGAGGCACACCUAUCUCAGAUAAGGUCCAGAUGAUCAUAGAGAGUCUUAGGAGCACCCAAUCCUCACUCGAGAUGGGCGACGAGAUCGAGGGAAAUGUGCCAGCAGGACAGGAAGGUCAUCCCCAAGUCCGCAAAGUUGCUGUGGGUUCUUAUGUUGGAGCCAAGUCCAAUACUAAAGGUGCCACUGAAAACCAACAGGCAUAUGUUUCUUCCCCAAACAACCACAGGAGCAGUGACUCAGACAGCGAUGAUUCUGUGGACAGAGGAAUUGAGGAGGCAAUACUGGAAUACCUGAAGGAAAAGGAUGAUCACAAACGCAAGGCAGAACCAUGCUUCACCACCUUUCUGCAAUCAUCCAAAAUUGCCAGGAAAAGCCCACCUGCCCCUGAGGAGGUUUCCAAACAGAACACUGACAGCAAUGCAUUUUUGAUUGCCAGUAGUGAGUUUUCAAAAAGUGUGAAUGCUGAGACUCCCUCACCACCAGCUGUUUUACCUAUACAAAAGUAUAACAAAAGCAUCCCUAAAUCCCUAAAUGAUGACACGGUUAAGACAUUUGAUAAAAGUACAUCAACUAAAAGUUUAGUUUUGUCCAGAGGGCAGACAAAGAGCCCCUCUAAAACAAUCAGCCUCUUCAACCAAGUAAAGUCCCCGAUCACAGUUAAGGUGGAGGAAGACUCAAAUGAUUCCAGUAGUGAUGACGGCAUUGAGGAGGCCAUUCAAAGAUUCCAAUUAGAGAAAAAGGAGCAGCAGAACAAAAAGGAAAUAUUCAAUCCACCUGCACUCAAAGAGGAGUCCGACUCCACUAGCGAUGAUGGUGUUGAAGAAGCUAUCCGCAGCUACCAGCUUGAGCAACUGAAGGAGAAGAGCGUCCUGAAGCCAUUAUUACACAAGCAAAAUCCCAUUGCUAAGUCGUUAAUACAUGCUGUUGGAAGUACAAGCACGGAAAACAUGAAGAAACACAGACUGAGAAAGAAAAAGACCAGAGCAGAGAAAGAACUGAAAUGUGUUCAACCUCCUGCUUCGUCUGUUCUCAUACCCAAGAAUACACUUUCAGAGAGCUUGAAGGGUAAAGGAAAUGGUUUGCUUAUGUUUAAAGUAGAGGGGUUUAAAGAGCAACCUACUCCUGCUCUUCCAAAGGCUAAUACAACCGCAGAGCUCAUGUGUGCUGAGGCAAUACUGGACAUUUCAAAAACUGUUAUGCCAGGGGCCUUUCAUCAUAGUGUUGGCCUUAGCAGUUGUACCCCCACUGAAUCUUCCUUGCAAUCCUCACCUCCAGACAACUGCCCAGAUGAAGAAAGUGAUGGCAGCUCCAUUGACAGUGAAGAAGGGAUAGAGCAAGAAAUCAGGAAAUUUCUUGAGCAAAAGGCCCAAAUGCACAAACAGCCACCCACUGCUACGAGUCAAGAGCCUCAAAGUAUAAAUGAACCAGGGAAAGCAAAGGAAGUUGCAACCCAAAAGAAACCUCAAAAAUUGUCUUUGACACAGAGAAGAAAACAAAAGGAGGAAAACUGUAGCAUUUCUAACAUGUCAAGGCCAGAUAACAAUGUUAAAGACACAGCCCCUAAACCUUUACCUGAGCAUCAAAAAGAACCCUACCCAUUGGUACGUUCCCAGAUAAGUCAAACACACCCUAUAGCUGGAUUAUGCAAGACAGAGCAAAGUGAAGACAAAAGCAGCUCACUUGACAGUGAUGAGGACCUAGAUACCGCCAUAAAAGAUCUGCUCAAGACAAAAAAGAAGUCAAAGAAAAAAACAAGAGACUUAAAGCGGAAAUCAAGGAUGAGCCUCAAAGAUGAAGAAACACUGCUGGGAAUUGCUUUAAAGACCAAGAAGUUGAAACCGGAUCCUUUUUCCAAGCGCAAUCCUUUGAAAAAAGUAGAAAAGAGUAAGGAUGACAUAAAAGACAAGUCUGGAUCAAGUAAAAAGGGUGUUUCACAACAUAAACAAACUAAUAAGAGUAAAGAGCUUGACAUGCAUGAAGGUGAAACAGCAGCCGGGGGUAAAGACCCCCCUUUGCCGCACAAUACCCAGACUGCUCUUGAGAUAAAGGAAGACAGCAGUUCAGUAGACAGCGAUGAUAGCAUUGAGCAGGAGAUCAGAAGGUUUCUGGCUGAAAAGGCCAAAGUUUCCACUGCAGAGGAAAGUAAAGAUGGCGAUGCAUUGAGGAACGGUACUGUGGUGGCUUGUACCCCACUUCAAGUUGAAGACAUCAAACAGGAAAAUCAGCUGGCUGAAGUUCCAAAAACAAGUGUCAGUCCUCUCUUUGGACAAUCUCCUUUGAGUCGUCAGCCUUUUCCAUUACCACAGAGUUUGCCGCCAGACAUUUCUACCGUUGGUGCACAAUCGCAUCUGUCUUCAGUCCAGUCCAGGAGCCCCAGUCUUCUGGAGCCGGCAGACGGGGCCGGGGCUGCUAGAACCGAGCAAAGGAGGCCUAGCAUUGGUAGGAGUGUCGUCCAGGAUGCGAUCCCUCAGACGGAGAGAGUUUGGCCCGUUUUGAGUCCUAAAAUUGCGCUUUCUCGCUCUGAGUCGAUGAAGUGGCGCCAGAGCUUUGGACUCCCCCCGACUGACACUAGGACUUUCAGUCAAACUCCAUUCCAAAUCACCUCAUCUAAAGUCAGCGAGACGGCAUCAGCAACUCCACCAUAUCAAAGCGGGGGGCCCAAAUCACAGACUCCAGUCACUGUUUGGUCCUCUGCAAGGACCAGCAGAGGAUCUUUUACCUGCUCUACAGAGACAAAUGUAAAUAUCACGUCCAGAUCCCCUGUUUUGAAUAUUAUGUCUACUGCCAGGAUGAAUCCAAGGAUGUCCUUUGCACGGAGCCUUGUGCCCGGCCACAGGUCUCAGUGCCCUAUGAAAGGAGAGACAGAGAGCAUGGUGCAUAUGUCUAAAGACAAGAGUGUGUUUAUCGAACUGGAAUCUAAUAGGACCAACCAUGUCCAGGUUCGAAGCAGGGAAAGGAGUAAGGGAAGAGAGAGCGCAGACUUGCUAAGUGAGAAAAAAAGAGAAGGCGAGAGCAUGACAAUAGAGGAUAAAGAAGUGCAUCUUGAAAGAAAAGAGGAAGAAUUUAUAGAUGAGGCAGAUUGUCAGUCAGGCAGCAGGAGAAAUCCAGAGAAGACACAGGGCUUCUCCACAUUGUAAGUAUUUUCUUUGGCCUUUAUGUCCCAUAGCACCAUAAAUUAAUUUCUUUUCUUAAUUUCUGGCCCUGCUGGUAAUUAGAAUGCUAAACAAGCUGAUUCAUUUAUAGGCUCGAAGGGAAUGUUUGAUACGAUACAACAGGCAUUUUAUUUUCUAAUGUGUUUGUACAUUUAUACUGCUAUGUAACAAUGGCACCAUCAUAAGAUCUUUUUUGUGCUCUGAGGUUCAUUCAUAUCGUCAAACCUUUGAAAAGCAAUACAGGGACAUGUUGGUGCAAGAGGCAGACAGCAUGAGUUGUACCACCAUCAAAAUGCAGAAUACUUUCUUGCAGAAAAUAACAUCAUCCUAAAUAUCUUUCAUAUUUCAUGUAAAAAGAAGUGACCAAGAAAAAUAACCUCAAUGUGACAAAAUAAAGAUUUAAGGUUAAGACAAAGUGCUUAAGAUUUGGAUGUAUCUUUUCAAAGUACAGGAGCAACAACACAAUGUUAAUCAGAAAAAUACAUGUUGAUAUUAUUUAAUCUUACAGAAUAUACCUGUGAUAUGUGGGUUUACUUUAAGAAGUCCUUUUAUGUGCAAAAGUUAAACAUUAUUGUUGAUGUAAUACAUUUCCAUUACUUCCUUCAUUAGGUAUCUUAAUAAAAGCCAUAAGACAAAACAUAGGCUGUCUUUUAGGAUUAGAUCCAUUAUACUGUACACCAAAACGUGGUGUACAGGAAAUCAAAAUGACACAUUUUACACAGGUUGUACCAUUACUUAAAUGGUUAGACUGAAACAGAAAAGCGACUUGUGCAUGUAAAACACUAUUAGACCUGAAAUAAUUGAUCCGUUGCCAGAAAAUUAAUCAACAACUAACUUGAUAAUCAAAUAGUUUUAGGCAUCUUUCAAGUAAAAAUGCCAAACUGUUUCCAGCUUUCCAAAAAUGAGUAUUUGCUGCUUUGCUUUGUCUUAUAUGAUAGUAAUUUGAAUUUAUUUGGGUGUUGGACUGUUGGCGAAGAUGAAUCCCUUGAUCCAAGAAAUAAGUACUCAAUAAUGAAAAUUAGCCUUCGUAGCAGCCUAGCGUUUUAUGUUAGGAAAUUGGGAAAAUGUCAUUUAGAGCUGAGCAGUAUGGCUAAGAUAAAAAUGUAUAAAAUGCAUUUUCAUUUAUCAAAAGAUAUGCUAAUUCUCCUAAAUGCUUAUUUUUUUUUAGAUUUAUUAUAAAAAAAGACCAGACAGAUUUCAACUUAUCUAGCAUGAUACAGUUCAUCAUGACUUUAUCUGGCCAAAUGCUACCCUGCCAACCAUGUACUGUAUUUAUCAUUGUGUGUCGACAGGCCACUCACUACUCUCUCCUCCCCACGUAGUACCUUCCUACUCAGGUCCAGCAAACAGGAGCCACUCUGUCGUUGUCUCUACUACACCCCUCACCUUAUCCCUCCCUAUCUUACAUCUUUAUGUAUUUACCUAACACUGCUUAAUCUCUUAAUCUGGGUUCUUCUGAUUUCAAAAAAUGACCUUCUCACCUCAUCCACAGAUUGAGGAUAGCCUUUCUAACUUUUGCACAUAAAGAGUAAUGCCAGGGUGCACUUUUUCAAAACGCAUUUUAUCUAGACCCUUAAUAGUCACCGUUUUUGAGCAAAACACCAUUUGGUAUUGGAACAAUGCUUUAUCAACUACUAUGGCGAUAUACUACAUCUUGAUUACAACAUAUGUUUUUCAGACACAGGGUCUUAGCCCAUUGUAUAGUUUAAACCCAUUGAUGGAAAUCUAAAGCUCACUUGUUGAUGCAAGCCACUCUAACAGUCUUGGACCUAUUACCUCUAUGACUAAAGUGUUGUUCCAGAUUCCACAGAAGCUACUUAUAGAAUAUUCCUCUCUGUCUCGCUAAACUUGAUAUUUAGUGUGUUCAUUUCUUUGUAAUGUUGACGUUUUCUUGAAUUUCCUAUGUCAAAGAAAAGGCUAUUUAUUUUCGUUUAUCAAAAAAGAGUUACUGAACAUGCUGUGCAUUGCCAGGUUUUGUAAAUAUUUUGUAAGAAGUGUUCCUUUUUUUCCUUUUUUUCUCUUUCAGGAAAAACAAACUUUUGCUGUGUCUUUUUAAGUGCAUCAGUGUAAUAAAGAUGGAAAUC